AUGGCACUGAGUUACUUUGUCAAUGGAGAAGAAGACCAUUGCGUGGAUGUAGCUGGUGCAAAUACUUUAUCGAUUGAAGAAGAAAGAGAAAGAACAGGAAAAGGAGAAUUUGUGAGAAACGAAGAUGAGCAAGGACUACUCUCCCUCAGUGUCACGAGAAAUGGCAACAUGCGUAUGGAGGAGUGUAAGAGCAUGGGAAAAGGGGAAAAAAAAGAGAACGUUCUAAAAAGUACAAGUAAACAGAAGAAAGUUCAAGUGGGCAGUGGAAAGAAAAAAAAGGUGAUAAAAGGGAAUUCCCAAAAGGAUGGGUCGAUGAAGUCGAAGCAGAAAUUGGAGAAGAAAUUGAAGCAGAAAUUGGAGAAGAAAUCGGAGCAGAAGUUGGAGAAGAAAUCGGAGCAGAAGUUGGAGAAGAAAUCGGAGCAGAAGUUGGAAAAGAAUUCGAAGCAGAAGUUGGAGAAGAAAUCCAAGCAAAAAUUGGAGAAGAAAUCAAGGCAUAAAUUGGAGAAGAGAUCGAGGCAUAAAUUGGAGAAGAAAUCGAGGCAUAAAUUGAAUCCGGAUAAAGGGGCCGAAGCUGACGCAGGGGAUGAGACCAGCUCAGAAGACGAACUCUACAACGACGACAACUUUUUUAUGCCAAGUACGUUCAAAAAAGUGAAAAAAAAUGUGAAAAAAAAUGUGAAAGAAAAAGAGAAAAGCAGCGAGAAAAAAAAGAAGAAGAGCAAUAAAAUUCACAGUAAUUUCUGCACGACCUUAUGCCUACCACUGGAGCAUUAUAAAGAGGAGUUUGAGAAAGAGUUGUCUUCUUAUGCUACCACAGGACUUAAAAAAUAUUUGAAAUUUUUAAAAAAUUACAAAGUUACCGCUCCUAUGGAGAAUAAAAUGAAUAACAAGAAAAAACCAAGGCACAUGUAUGUUUAA